AUGCAAAAUGCAAAGAAGGUACAACAACAGGCCGCAAAUAAACAUCCGUACAAGAAAAUCCGGGCGGCACUUGAUGAUCCGUCAAGAACAUGUGUUCUAUUUGAUAACGAGUUUCACCGUGCAUGCUUCCAUCCCCAAAUGUCAAACGAGAGCAUUCAAGACUACACCACACGAAUGAACUGGGUCACAGCUUGCUGGUAUCAGAAACACUUGGGAGUUGAUGCUUCCGUUAUUUUGGUAACAGAUAACAAAGCGCUUGCUGGGGAAUUCUCUGUCAAGUCGCCUGUCUCUGAUACAACUUUAACACCAAUGGUUCUAACCCUACCAGAACUGUUGGAGACCUACUUUUCGGAGUUGACUCAAGCAAAACUUCUUUUCGAAUCGUUAAAAGCGUCACUUGAGUCUCGUCCAGUGAAAGAAUCAUCACAUAAACCACUGGAUUCAACAGAGUCGGGGAAUGAAGUCUCCAGUGGUGUUCCAGAUAUUCCUGCCGCCCCGCAACCCGGAAAAGUGUAUCCAGAUCAUCUGUCCGAAGCCGCUUUGCUGGCUGGUCUCCGUGUGCACCUUUCAUUAUUGUUCUUUCUGUCCCCCCCCCUCGCGCCCUCUUGUGCGCAUCUCAGUGCCAGUACCGUGAAACAUCAACCGGAACUAAAAGAUGCUCUGGCCUCAAGAAGUGAAAUUGCCGUGCACGGGAUGCAAUUGCGCAAUCGGGCCAUCGAUGGUGAUCUGGUUGUGCUUCGCCUAUUGCCUCGCGCUCAAUGGACAGCCGUGUCUUCCAAUAUCACUGCGGCCGAGAAUAAUGCAGCAGAAGUGGUAGACACUGCAGCUGGUCCGGUUGAGACUCCACCCGUUGUCGAUCCAGUUGAGUUCACUUCCAGUGUUACAACUGUUCCAUGCGGUUUUGUUGUCGGUGUAAUUGGACGCAAUUGGCGGGAUUACGUUUGUGCCUAUGUGCCAAACGAGUCCGAUGCACCGAUUGAGACAGGAUGGAUUUUGGCUACCCCCUGGGAUCGCCGUAUUCCACGAAUCCGUGUGCAUACAACUCAGGCAUCGAAGCUGUCCCAAGAACGUUUCGUGGUGCGUAUCGACUCCUGGGAUGCGGGUUCCACGUAUCCACACGGACACUUUGUCCAGUCAUUGGGACGCAUUGGGGAUUUGGAGACAGAAACUCAAACACUGCUGAUCGAACACAAUUUGGCAAUUCGGGCUUUCUCUGAUGCACAGCUCAAUGAGUUGGCACCAUAUAGUGCCGUACGGCCGUGGCAUGUAGAUCCUGUGGAGGUCAAACGAAGGCGGGAUCUUCAUGCACCAACUGUUUCCGGGAAUCCGAACUCGGAAGAUGUUCUCAUCUUUAGUAUUGAUCCUCCCGGAUGCCAUGAUGUGGACGAUGCCCUGUCUGUACACUGGCUUGAUCCAAUCAUGGCCGAAGAUGGUUCUCAGCAUAAACGCUUGUUUUUUUGA